CCUAAUCAGAAACGUGAUUAUGUCAUUCACUUAUCUUCAAUUAUGUGCUGACCCGAAGAGUACAAAUUAAUAUAAAUAUACAACAUAAAAUCAUAAUCCUAUAUAAAGCCAAUGCUAAGAAAGCGUAGUCGUCAAAAUGAAAACUUUAGUUGCUGCGAUAGCUGUAGGCCUUCUGGCCUUUGCCACUGAUGCCAAGAGCAUCCAUCGGGAACGUAGAUAUGCAUAUGGUACAAGCCAUGGUGGCGGUGGAGGAUAUGGAGGACAGCAUGGUGGUGGCGGAAUCGGUGUUGGAGUAGGAAAAGGAAAUGGUGGAGUCAGUGAUUUUGGAGGAGGCAGUUCAGGAGGUGGAUAUGGCGGUGGAAGUGGAGGAGGUUUUGGAGGUAGCGGAGGUCACGGAGGCGGCGAAGGUUUGGGAGGAGGUAGAGGAUUUGGAGGAGGCAGUGGAGGUGGUUUUGGAGGAGGUCAUGGGGGAGCCGGAAGCGAUUUUGGAGGAGGUCAUGGAGGAGGUGGCGGAAGCGAUUUCGGAGACGGUCAUGGAGGUAGUGGAGGAUUUGGAGGUGGUGGCAGCCAUGGAGGCCUAACGGGUGGAGGAGGAUCUCAUGGCGGAUCAGGAUUUGGAGGAGGCAGUGGAGGGGGUUUUGGAGGAGGCAGCGGAAGCGGUUUAGGUGGAGGGCAUGGAGGUAGUGGAGGACAUGGAGGUUUCAGCGGAGGAGGUAGCCAUGGUGGAGCUGGAGGAGGCUAUGGAGGUGGACAUGGUGGUGGAGGAGGUUAUGGUGGUGGAGGAGGUUAUGGUCACAAAGGAGGAUACUAGGACACUGUCGUCGAUAUUGCUGUGAAACGAAAAAGUCAUAUUGUAUAUAGUGAUUUUGUAUUAUUUUUGUAAAUAAAUAUAUAAAAGCGUAUAGUGAAUCAUUAUUUGAAGACAAUGCAGAUAUAUAGGGUUGUCCAAUAGGGACGCAGGAAAGUAAACGUCAAUUUGACAUAGAC